UUUUUUUCUUAUUAACUAGUGCAAAGAAAGAGCGGGAUGUCUGAGGCUUUGUGUGAACAGAAUGAUGUCAUCUCCUCUUCCUUUGGUGCAGAAUGAAAGCUUUGUCUUGCUGAGGCCAGGCCCGGUCAACUAGCUCACAUGUGACAUUCACAAAACACAAAAAUAUCAACACUGAAAGUUCUAAACACUGAUCUACCCACAAACCACAUCAUUCAGACCCAUCAGAAGAAUGCCAGUACAGCGUGUACUGCAUUUGUAAAUAUUGUAACCCUUGUACAAGUGUAAAAAUUCACUAACCUCUAUGAAGAACAGUCGUUUACGGCUCAAGUAGUGUCACAAUGCUUUAGGUUCCAAUCUUGUGGACUGAUUUCACAUCUAUUCUUAACAGAUACCGGAUGGAGAGGUUUUUUUUUUUAAAUUAAAUGCUGGUAGAGCCUGACAAUAUCACAAUAUUUCAGUCCCGCUGACCUGCUUGAUCUGUGUGGGGUUUGUGCAAAUUUCUUCUUGAUAGUUCAUUUGUCUCCUGGGAAUACUUGCAGAAAGAAACUAUCACAUGCGCUCUCGUAGGUGAAAGAGGUUACUUGUUGCAGAAUCCACACAGAAUUAUCACCAACCUUACUGUUCUCUCUCAGCUCACGUGAGAGUUUCAGCAUCUGUCAGCUCAUUGUUUUGGUUUUCCGGCCCGUUUCUUUAUUUUGGGUUAGUCGCUCAGCUCCCGUCAGCGUUUCAGCUUAAGGACAUGCGACAUUUGAUCAGUCUUGAAGAGGAGACUGAUAGUGAGCUAUGGGCAUAGUUAAGAAGCAUUUUAGCAUGUAUUGAGCCAAAUAAUUUCUCGAGGCACUGAUGGAGACCAAAACAGAGUUAAGAAUAUCAGACUUCUGUCAGGUGGCCAAAAGCAUAACUCUAUAUCAGUGCCAAUGUUGCGCCUUAUCUACUUGUAAAUAGACAAGAAGUACCAAUUGAAAAAAAAAAAAAAAAGUCAUAACAUAUAUGUCUCUCAUUACUGCCAGUAUAACUUUAUAUUUUGUUACUUUGGAGCAUUUGGAAUCCAUUUCAGAGCCUUUAUUUAAAAAAAUUGUGCUGAUGCCGAGUCAAAAAGGUUUUGCAACAGAUUUGUAUCACUAUUUGGACAUGCAGUUGACAUGCUUGUGUCUUAGUGGAUUUUAAUUUGUUAAAUACCUGUAUCUCCACUCCAGUAGAUCACUACAGUCAGUGGUUGUCUGGUAUGAAUGCUGAAGGGCUAGAUUUGCUGCAAUUAGUGACUUCAUGCACAGUUCAAUAUUUCAUAGCUGUAAAAUGUCAAGCCUCAAUUUGUGGAAUUGGGGUUUAGGAUCUGUAAUUUUCCAUGUGAAACUAUUAAAAGCCUACAGCUUGUGAGGAAAACUUCAUCAUUACCCAGAGCUGUAAAAGAUCAGGACAUUAAUGGAGACAUGAUUUAUUGUACACAGUAACAUCAGUGGUAAUGCAUUUAUUUAGUAUGUGUUAUACUUGCUGAUGUGUUGAAUUAAACUUGCAGUCCAGUUUAAAAAGAAAAAGAUUAAAUGCAUGGCUGUAACAAGAACCAUGUGUUGUCCAUCUCGUCACGCCGGCCCCCCCAUCUCCCCCCAUUUCCCAUCUAUGCCCUUUAGGCCCUCACUUCAGUCACCUCCCACUUCCCUCUUCCUUCAGAACCCGUCUGUUUUUGUUUUCGAGCCUGGGCUCUUUGCACAGGAAACUUUAUACAUUGGGAGCAUUCAGGAAGGCAGAGGGCAGCUUUCCCGUUAGCUCCAAGUUUGGGCACAUGUAAAAAAAAAAAAAAAAAUGAAUAAAAGAGGUCAGUAAUUCCUAAACCAGGACAGAAACAGAAGUCAGCUGUUCUCCUCCUCCUCCUCCUCCUCCUCCUCCUCCCUCUCCCUUCACUUCCCUCCCUUUACAAUGUCCCAACAUUUCAAAACUCCCUGCCACGAGUCCAUUUCUAAACACAGAGUAUUUGGAAAAUCUUACUGGUAAAUAAUUAGAAAUAAAUAACUAAUGUUCAAAACGGGGUUUGCCACUCUUGAUGCAUGUGUGUCUCAGCUACAGAGAAGCCAGUGAAAAGGGGAGACUGUGGAAUGAAGGAAAAGAGGAGGAGAUAAAAAGGAGCAGAGAGAGACUGGCUGGGGGUAAAAAAAACAACAGGAAACCAACCGAUCCUAAUGCUGUUUCUGCAAAUCCUUCACAUAUAAAGCGGUGGACCGCCACGUCCUGGCAGACCAGCAGCCACACUAUGUCCUUUCUUCGCACAUCUCUUGGAGUAAAAUCAAUCUGAAGGACUUUAAGUUUAAAAAGUGACGUCACUUCUGCUCUCAGCCUCCAACAGUGCGGUUAGUUAGAAUGUGAGCGGAUGCAGACUUUUGGGAGCUGUUUGCUGGGAUUUCUGUGCCGCGGCUGCUUUCUGACCUACAAUCACAACCUUUCUCGAGGUCAUAUGGAUCAGUCGCUGUGCUGUCAAGGAACUUCUUGUUUUAAUCAUCUGGACUACUAACUGGAGCCACAUGAAGAAUAAAGGGACUAAGCAGAAGUCCAAGAAGAAAGGAAGUGAAAAUGCGUUCGGCUGUGACCUGAUAGAACAUCUCCAGAAUUCAGGACAAGAUGUUCCACAGGUUCUCAAGAAAUGUGCUGAGUUCAUUGAGAAGCAUGGGAUCGUGGAUGGGAUCUACAGACUGUCUGGGGUCACAUCAAAUAUCCAGCGUCUCAGGCAGGAAUUCUGCUCUGAGGCGUGCCCUGACCUUACAAAGGAAGUGUACCUCCAGGACAUCCACUGUGUGGGUUCCUUAUGUAAGCUGUACUUCCGGGAGCUACCUAAUCCUCUGCUCACAUAUGAGCUAUACAGCAAAUUCACUGAAGCAGUCUCGGUCCACGGAGAUCAUGAGAGACUUCUACACCUUCAGAGGGUCAUAAAAGAACUGCCGAGCGCUCACUUCAGGACACUAGAGUACCUCACCAAACACCUGGCCCACCUCGCUACCUUAAGCAACCAGACAAACAUGCAUACACGUAACUUGGCCCUGGUGUGGGCUCCAAAUCUGUUAAGAUCUAAAGACAUUGAAUCUCCAUCUGGUAAUGGAGACAUGGCUUUCCAGGAGGUGCGGAUACAACAGUCUGUGGUUGAGUUUAUAUUAAAUCACACAGAGCAGAUCUUCAACUGUGAUUUUGCACAAAUCAAACCGAAAGAAGGGCCGAGUUUGAUGUGUGCAGAGAAAUAUGCCACACUGCCCAUUAGUGGCCAGUGUGGUCCAAUGAAGCUGAUGAGCCUGGAAGAAGCUCAGGCCCGCUCCCUAAGCCCAAACCACCCAGUGCAUAAAGAACGUCAGCGGGAGAACAGCCUGCCUGAUACCAGCACUGCCACGCUCUAUCACACUGUCAUAGACAUAUCAGACAGCAAGAGAAAGUUUUCUGGGAAGUCAAAAAGGUGGAAGUCAAUCUUCAACCUGGGAAGAUCGGUGGAUUCAAAGGGAAAAUUGAGCCGGAACGGUAGUGUGUUCAUAAGAGGACAGGGGAUAACAGAAAAGGCAGCUCUCCGUCCAUCUAGGAGCAUGGAAUCCUUGUGCUCCCUACCAACAGAUGAUGACAGAACAGGAAACGAUAGCUCAGCUGGUGGUCUUGGCAGCCUUUUCAUUCCGGAUGUAAAGUCCAGAACACUGGGAUCUGACUCCCUCUACGACCUGAGUGAACAUGACCAAAGCUGGGAGUUUAAAGGGAAGAAAGGUGAUGGGGCAACAGGUGGCUUGAGCUCUGGCAUGAACCAAAAGGGGUCUCCAGGUGCCUCUUUGCCCCCUCAGAAAACAUUGCCAGAGCAACUUAAGGUGUUUAAAGGAGAUGAAGUCACCGGCUACAAGCCUACCUCUCCGAAAAACAGGAGGAUGUUGUACUCGGGUUCCUCCCACAGCAGCUCCUCUCGGCCCUCCUUUCCAGGAAGCUUCUUCCCACUGGAGUCCUCGCCGCGACAUCAGCGCAGAGCCGUCAACAUUUCCGAGCCUUUUGCUGUCUCUGUACCCCUUCGGGUGUCAGCCGUUAUCAGCUCUAACAGCACACCAUGCAGGAGCCACGCCAAGGAUAAAGCAGCUACUCUUAAACCCACCAGAGAGACCACAGAGCAGAGCAGCAACAUAGGAAAGAGCAACACUUUCCCACUACUGGAACCAAAGAAGCAGGAAGGAGCGGAGAGGAAAAACAUCGAGAAGCUGACUUCUAGAGUUUCAGCACAGGAUACAAGCAAAGAAGUGACGCAAGGUGGCCGAGCAGGGAGGAAUAUUUCUGAACUGGAACAGCUCCCUCUUGAAAAGGCAAGAGAAAACAAAGAUUCAGCACCAUCUUCUGGGAAAGACCAACACAACCAGCCUACUGAUACACAACUGGAUAAGGGAUCGUCUACUGGGAAAGAGCUGUGGUCUGACCUCCAUCAAGAGCUGAAGAUAACUGAACCUGAGAUUGAUCUGCUGGAUGAGACUUUUAGACCAGUUUUCAGCUCAAUGAGCUCUUGUGAGAACAAGUUAACAAUGGACGUUAAAUCCAAGCGAAGCCGUAGCUCUCCAUCUCUGUCUUUGCUGUGUAGGGAGCAGUCUUCAAAUACCUCUCUGAGUGAACACAUGUUAGCCACUGGCUCUGACUCAGCAAAGAAACAACCCUCAGAACCUGACAUCUUAUUUUCCAUUCACAAAAAUGUUGACGUUUCUGUCGAAAAGACUGCUGACAUGGCGGACGAGAAAGAAAAGCAUCAAAAGGUCGCACCAGUAAGCACGGAUAAGUGCAAACCUCCCUUAAAGGAAACAAGUUUAGAUCAAGUUGGGAAUCCUUUGACAAUAGAGGAUGUUCCAGUGAUUGCAAGCUUCCCAAGAGCAGAGAGAAAAUCUCAGACACAUGAAAUUCCUCAAGAAGACCACAUAAUCUCCACUGAUGUAGCAAAGAAACUUUUGAUUCCUCAGAUGGAGCUUAUUCAGAGGCUCUCCGUGUGCAUGGAGGAGAGACGCAACACCUUGGAACUGCCGAACCUUGACGAUGAUGAAGGAUGUGGAGGACACACAGAAGAGCUGGACUUGGUGGAGCCCUGGGAGGAGCUUGGCUCCACUAAGCAGUGGGUUACCAGCCCUCUCCACUCACCUGAUGUGGAGGAACUGUUUAACCAGCUGUCACCGUUCAGCUCACAUGGGGAAGCUCUGGGCUUAGAGGCAGGGAAUGUUUCAUCUCCUUCAGUCGAUAAUAAACAAUCUCUCAUAAAGAGCACUGAACAAUUCUCAGGAAACGUCCCUCAGAAAACCAGUAGCAAGCCGGAGAGCAAAUGGACACAUCUGUCAUCAGUGCCUACAAGGAUCGGUGGGAAUCACGCAACGCAACCUCAAGCAGGAAAGUGCAGCACAACAAAACAGAAGAAUACAGUGUCAUCUCAGAAGUUUAACAGGCAAAUGUCUUAUGAGGCAGCUGCUUCAGAUAAAAGAGAAGAAAACUGCUUUUCUAAGCACAGGCCCUACUCUCUUAACCUUGACCUGGGGCAUCGAUAUAUCAGAGACAUUUCCAACCAGCAAAAUCGUAACUCAUCAGAGUUUUCCUCUUGUCAGAGAGGAUUAAUGGCCUCAGCUGGAGCUGUAAACAACGGGUUGCCCACAGAGUUGGAGCUGUUUCUGAAUGAUCGACAGGCACCUCUUCGGAGGAACUCAGCCCCAGUCAGCGUGUCAUCUGUGCGCACAGCCUUCAUGAUAAAAACGUGCCAAGCCAAAGCUGUGCCUGUGAUCCCUCCUAAGGUGCAGUAUAGUCAGAUACCUCACUCCAGACAUGAGAAUGAGUUUGAUGCAGCAAAGGAACAAGAACAGGAACAUCCCAAAAUGACUGCAGAGAAAAGCAAUGUUGCGUCAUCUUUAAUGAUGUCAGAUCUGAAGGAGGAGCUGGAGAAUAAAGAGCCUGCAUCCAAACACCAAAGACACCCAAAUGUUGAGAAACCUGCUGAAUCUGGGAAGACCACAUCCACUCAGGAACUGCCAGUCAUAACCAGGAGACACCCACCAAGUCUGGAAGUGUUUGUGGAUUGUCCCAGACCCAACAGAGGCAACCUCCUACAAAGACCAUCCUUUAGGAACAGACAGAGACCCCAGAGUCUCAUUCUGCUCAGCCCUCCUUUCCCCAUCAUGGACUAUCCACCCUCAGGGGACGAUUCCAGGCUCCUUUCAUCCAUCAAGAGCCUUAACAACACAUCAGCAGGGAACGUCUUUUCUAAAGACAUGUCUGAGAAUUUCAGUACACCAGAAGGGGUCGCACUUCAAAAUAAAAUGACUAUUCCAAAAAGUGGGCAGAGACUGGAAACAUCAACCAGCUGCUUCUACCAGCCACAGAGAAGGUCCAUGAUAUUUGACAGCAGGAGCCACCGGCAGAUUGAGUGACAGAGGUACACUCAGUGGCUAUGAGACUGAGGGGUGUAUGUAAAUAGGUCUUGACCUUUUAUACACCAUUAGAUUUUAUUCGCUGUUAAUUGCUCAUUCCUUGGAAGAUGAAGAAUAAGUUUGGAUAAAAUAAAAACACAGGAAGUGUCUGUGAAAAAACAAGAGGAAGCCAUAAUGUGACUGUGACUAGAUUGAGAUCUAGUGUUGCAGCAAAGGAAUUCAUUCAUCCAUUCUUUGCUAAUUAAUUUUUUCAUUUAGUUGACUAAAUGCUUGUUUGUAUUCUGUAAAUCUGUCAGUGACCAUUUCAGUUGAGAUUCAUACAGAAAAUAUUUAUAAUUUCAUGCUCAACUGUAUGUCUGAGUUAUGAAAUCAAAGUCUACCUGGUCACCAGCUAAGUGUUUUACUACACAGUCACAGUGUAUCACUGCCAGAUCUUCUUCUUCAGAGAAUUUUAACAGUUGAAAGUGAUGACUAUUAACUAAAAGCUUUGUUUUGGAGCAUGUGCUGCCAGAUAUUACACUGAUUAAACAGAAGGAUGAAUUUAUUUUUACUUUGGAAGCACAAAGCAAGAAAAAAAAUUAUUCAACGUUGACUAAUUAUUACUUUUUUUCCCUUAGAGGUUUUAUUACACAGAUAAAAGUACCAAAGCAACCAUGUAAAAUACCAUGAAGGAGAGGCAAACCAAGUAAUUAUUUAGGGCCCAGUGGAAAAAAAAUAAGAAAGGUGGCCUCCAGAUGGCAACUUAUUGGUAUAUUUUGCAGUGACAACCACAAAUUCCCGUAGACCUACAGUACAAAGUGACAAAUUUCAGUAGUUUAGAUGUGGAUAAAACACGGACGCCUUUGCCUCCAAAAUCCACCAGAACUCGUCACUGUCAACAUGUAAGCAUGAUUUUACAGCUGCUGCAAGACAAGGUAUAGUUUUAACUGCUCAAUACAGUGCUGUGUGUAAGUAUCUGCACGCUGCAGAAUUUUGGACAUUUCAAUGUAAAAUGUACUGAAAACAUCAGCAGUCCUGGCAGUAGACAAUGAGAACCCAAUCAAAUAAAGGGAAAUGAAGACUUUGAACAGAUCUGUGAGAUUCAAAAGUAAAUAAACUCUUGUUUUUACUAUCUGGUGUGAUGCCUUGUGCACCAAAUGUCUAGAGCAGCUUGGAGAGAUUUUAGCCCAUCUCUAAAUACAAAACGACUUCAUUUCUGAGAUAUUGGUGGGUUUGACAUAAAUCCCUUGCUUCAGAACCUUCCACAGUAUUUGUAUUGAAUUGAGGUCAGGACAUUGACUUUCAAAACAUUCAUUUCUUGAAUUCCAGUUUCCCUCGAGAUACAGCUCACAGGCAAAUGUGCUGAUAUUUUCCUUUAGGAUUCGCUGGUAUAAUUCAGAAUUCAUUGGUCUAUCAACAUGGAGAGCUGUUCCAAAGUCCUCAGAAAGCCUUUGUCUGAGCCAUACACAAAAAUGUGUUGUGAACAUCAGAUUGUGACAAAUCAUUGUAUUGAUGGAAACACUUCUGAAUAAAUGGACUCUCAUUUGGCCUUGAAAUUAAAGUAAUCCUAGAUGAUCACAUACCUUUGCAUCUCACAGAUAUGUAGUAUUUGGUCAUUUUUCCUGGAUAAACAUGAUUUGUUUGAGUGGGUUCUCUUUGUCUGCUUUCAGAACUUAUGUGAAAAUGUGCUGAUGUUCUGGGGGGUGCAACUACUUUAAAGCAUCACUGCAUACACUUGGUUUAGUUGGUUUGGUUGUUCCCAACUCAGAUGUUAAGCACCUCCAAAGAGUCAUGAGAUAAAUAUAGUGGGUUGUGAAGUUAUAAAUGUGGCAGAAUAGAAGAGAUCCAAAAAUUAGGAUUAAUACUUUGGUCCUAAUUUGUAAAAUAAAUAAAUGAUUUAUCUGUCAAAUAAACAAAGUAAUGAAGUAUUUGUUCCAUCUUAAAAUAUUUAAAACAGUGAACAGAUUAUCCUUGGUCGGUUAAGCAAGUUUAAUAAUGUUACAUCAACUGUCAAACAGUUGAACAGCCAACAUUUGAAUUUAUUUAUUCCUAUAUUAACUUUCACAUGAUAUGAAGUUAACUAAUUAGUUAUCUAUAUAUUGUAUGGAGCGAUCAGCUCUGUGAUAAGCUGAUGUCAGUGUGAUUUUCUUUAAAAGUUCUUAUUUAAAGGUAAAGCUCCUAUUUCUGAUUUAAAGAAGCUGAACUGACAGUAUUUACUCACAGAGGGAUUUUAAUCCAUCUUGAUUUUUUGUUUGGAUUUUAUGGCAGGAUUGUUUAUGUGUUUUGGUUUAUGGGUUUUCAGCUAUGGGAAAAAAAUCAUCAGUCAUGGUUUUGGUGUUAACUGAAAUUCUGGAGCUGCUCAUCAGAUGGUAAACUGGAAGUUGACUGUGCAUGCUGACUGUAUUCAUUGUAUUUGGACGUUCAUGGUGCUUUAAGUCAAAGUCAGGUGAUGCCAUUUAUAUGUGUUUCCCUUCUCAUUCUGAUUUGAUGUAAGGACCUUUGAUAUUACUUUGUUGUUUUUUCUUUUUCUUUUCUUUUUUCUUUUUUUUUUGCCAUAAACGCAGCAGUUUGGAAGUUACAUUGUAUUUAAGAUGCCUGGGAUGUUAAACAUGAUGCAGUCUUUUUAUACUGGAGUUUGGAUGGGCUGGAUGAAUGGUUACAUUUGUGUAUUGUUGAUAAUGAAAAUGACUGAACUGUGUGUUUUCAUAGUAGAAACAUCUGAAGUGUUGCCUUAAAUAUCCAGUGAUGGCACCUAAAGCAAUGUACUGUAUAUAAAAUGGUUACUGAUUUUUGUUAAAACAACAAGUUAUGGGAAUAAAAACUUUAAAUGUUAAAA